GAUAUCUGGUUCAAUUAAGUGUAAGAUGAAAAGCAUGAUGUAUUUUUUAAUAAUACUAAUCUUCAUCGCCUCCUGUGUUUCAAACCCACUUCCACCAUCUUUCCCAAAAUGCAACCGAAAACAAGCAGAUUUUGACGACUGUUUCUCGAAGGCGGUGGCAGACACUAUUUCUCAACUGAAACAAGCCUAUCCCAAAGUGGGUAUUCCCAGUCUUAACCCUCUGGUUAUCCCCGAAGUUACUAUAGGUGCUGGUACUUCAGCCGUCCAGUUCACCCAAAAUUUCAAAAACAUCAAAAUUACCAAACUCACAGACUUCACGUCAUUAAAAGCCAAGAUGAAUUUUGACAAAAAGGUUCUAUACAUAGAAGCGGAAUACCCAGAAAUAAACUUUGAUUUUGAAUAUGACAUUGAUGGCAAAAUCCUAAUGCUGCCGAUCACAGGAAAAGGCCCUGGAUUGAUGCACACCGAACAAAUUUUACUAAAACUGACGUUUAACUUGGAAGAAAGCAACAAUCAUUAUAAAGUGGUUCAAACUAAAGCCAUUUAUGACAAAAUCGGGCAUUUUACUAUCCAUUUUGACAAUUUGUUUAAUGGGGACAAAGUCUUGGGUGACAAUGUUAAUAACGUGAUCAAUGAAAACUGGAAAGAUGUUUUGGUUGAUGUGAAGGGUGGUUAUGAAGAUGCAGGUGCUGCAGUGUUCCACAGUAUCUUCAAUAAUUUGCUUGCCCAAGUUACUAUAUCAGAGAUUUUUGCAGUGGAUAAACAAGUUGUUAAUAGGAAAAAAUGUCUGUGCCAAAGUACUAUUCUCUGUUUGCUACGAAGUUCAAACAUGGUACCGAUCUUGGUCGUACUCUUCAUCGGCUCCUGCUUGUCGACUCCACUUCGUACUAGUAAGUACUUUUUAAAAAACCUCGCUGAACAAAAUUUUCCAGCAUCGUCUUUCCCAAAAUGCAACCGAAAGCAGGCGGAUUUCAAUGACUGUUUGUCGAAUGCUGUGGCUGUAACUUUCCGUCAACUUAAACAACCUCAUCCUGAAGUGGGUUUGCCAAAUUUUGAACCCCUGACUUUACCACAAGUGAAUAUCGCUGCUGGUACUACCGCCGUCCACUUUAGUCAAAAUUUCAAAAACGUCAAAGCAAACAAGCUUACUGAAUUCUCGUCACUCAAAGCAAAAAUGGAUUUUGAUACAAACAUUCUCAACUUGGAAAUCUAUUACCCAGAGUUGAGCUUUACUUUUGACUAUGAUGUUGAUGGUAAGAUUUUAGUUCUGCCGAUCAAAGGACAUGGUACUGGAAGCAUGGCCAACAAAAACACUUUAGUAGCAAUAACUUAUCAUCUAGAAGAAAAAAACAACCACUAUAAAGUGGUCAACACUGAAAUGAUGUACACAAAAAUGGAAAACUUUCAUAUUAAUUUUGACAAUUUAUUUGACGGAGAUAAAGCUUUAAGUGACAACGUCAACAAUGUAAUAAACGAGAACUGGAGGGACGUUUUUAACGAUGUUAAGAGCGGUUAUGAAGAAGCAGGCGCUAAAGUAGCCGAGAGUGUCUUCAGUAGUUUGUUAUCUAAAGUUACUGCAUCCGAACUGUUUGGUGAACCCUAAAUUCGAUCUUUGAAUAGUUGUAAAAUUUUCUUUCAAUAACACAAUAAAGAAGAUGUAGAUUUCAACAA